CGCCCCCACUUCUAGGCUUGGUUGAGCCGUGCAGAAACCUUCUUGAAACAAUUUUCCUACUUGCUCCUAUCUGGUGACUGAGGGAAUUACUAAGACUCUUCUCGUUCAUUUCUGAGUAUUGUCUGAACUAUUCCUGACACUAUGAAUGCUAUUUGGAUGCCUCUUAAGUCUGUUCUCAGGGGAGGCAGUAAGAGGCUGUGGAGCUGGCCUCGGCACCGGCAUCGAGAGAGGCUGGACUUCCUGUCUCUCUGUGCUGAAUGGCUGCGAUGGCGCCCGCUCUCACCGAUGCAGCAGCUGAAGCACAUCACAUCCGGUUCAAACUGGCUCCCCCAUCCUCCACCUUGUCCCCCGGCAGUGCCGAAAAUAACGGCAACGCCAAUAUCCUUAUUGCUGCCAACGGAACCAAAAGAAAAGCCAUUGCUGCAGAGGAUCCUAGUCUAGACUUCCGAAGUAAUUCUACCAAGGAAGACUUGGGAAAGCUGCAACCACUGGUGGCAUCUUACCUCUGCUCUGAUGUAACAUCUGUUCCUUCAAAAGAGUCUUUGAAAUUGCAAGGGGUCUUCAGCAAGCAGACAGUCCUUAAAUCUCAUUCUCUGUUAUCUCAAUCCUAUGAACUCCGAGCUGAGCUGUUGGGGAGACAGCCAGUUUUGGAGUUUUCCUUAGAAAAUCUUAGAACCAUGAAUACAAGUGGUCAGACAGCUCUGCCACAAGCGCCUGUAAAUGGGUUGGCUAAGAAAUUGACUAAAAGUUCAACACAUUCUGAUCAUGACAAUUCCAGUUCCCUCAAUGAGGGAAAACGGGCUCUCACUUCAUCUGCUCUUCAGGGAGGUGAAGUGGCGGUAACUGACUCUGGGGACAUAAAGGGGGGUAUGACCAAUUGCACUCUUCCACACAGAAGCCUUGAUGUAGAACACACAACUCUAUAUAGCAAUAAUAGCACUGCAAACAAAUCUUCUGUCAAUUCCAUGGAACAGCCAGCACUUCAAGGAAGCAGUAGGUUAUCACCUGGUACAGACUCCAGCUCUAACUUGGGGGAUGUCAAGUUAGAGGGCAAAAAGUCUCCCCUGUCUUCCAUUCUUUUCAGUGCUUUAGAUUCUGAUACAAGGAUAACAGCUUUAUUGAGGCGUCAGGCUGAUAUUGAGAGCCGUGCCCGUAGGUUACAGAAGCGCUUACAGGUUGUACAAGCCAAGCAAGUGGAGAGGCAUUUGCAGCAUCAGCUGGGUGGAUUUUUAGAGAAAACUUUGAGCAAAUUGCCAAAUUUGGAAUCCUUGAGAUCCCGGAGCCAGUUGAUGCUGACCCGAAAGGCUGAAGCUGCCUUGAGAAAAGCUGCCAGUGAAACUACCACUUCAGAGGGACUUAGCAACUUCUUGAAAAGCGAUUCAAUUUCAGAAGAAUUGGAGAGAUUUACAGCUAGUGGCAUAGCCAACUUGCGGUGCAGUGAACAAGCAUUUGAUUCAGACAUCACUGACAGUAGUUCAGGAGGGGAGUCUGAUAUUGAAGAGGAAGAAUUGACCAGAGCUGAUCCUGAGCAAUGCCAUGUAUCCCUGAGACGCAGGUCAGAAUGGAGAUGGGCUGCAGACCGAGCAGCUAUUGUGAGCCGCUGGAACUGGCUUCAAGCUCAUGUUUCUGACUUGGAAUAUCGAAUUCGUCAGCAAACCGAUAUUUACAAACAGAUUCGUGCUAAUAAGGGGUUGAUAGUUCUUGGGGAGGCACCUCCACCAGAACAUACAGCAGACUUACUGCUUCCACUUAGUUCUGAGGUGAAGACAGAUCAUGGGACUGAUAAAUUGAUUGAAUCUGUUUCUCAGCCACUGGAAAACCAUGGUGCCCCUGUUGGUCCUGUUUCAGAGUCAUUAUCUACCAAAUCAUGUGGAGCACUGAGACCUGUCAAUGGAGUUAUUAACACUCUUCAGCCUGUCUUGGCAGACCAUAUUCCAGGUGACAGCUCAGAUGCUGAGGAACAAUUACAUAAAAAGCAACGACUGAAUCUAGUUUCUUCAUCAUCUGAUGGUACCUGUGUGGCAGCCCGGACACGUCCCGUACUGAGCUGUAAGAAGCGGAGGCUUGUUCGACCCAGUAGCAUUGUCCCUCUUUCUAAGAAGGUUCACCGGAACAGCACAAUCCGCUCUGGCUGUGAUGUGAAUCCCUCCUGUGCACUGUGUGGUUCAGGCAGUGUCAACACCAUGCUUCCUGAAAUCCACUACGAAGCCCCUCUGUUGGAACGCCUUUCCCAGUUGGACUCUUGUGUUCACCCUGUGCUAGCAUUUCCAGAUGAUGUUCCCUCAAGCCUGCACUUCCAGAGCAUGCUAAAGUCUCAAUGGCAGAACAAGCCUUUUGACAAAAUCAAACCUCCCAAAAAGUUCUCACUUAAGCACAGAGCACCCAUGCCAGGCAAUCUGCCGGAUCCAACUCGUAAAGACAGGCACAAGUUGGUCAACUCCUUCCUGACAACAGCCAAGCUGUCCCAUCACCAAACCCGGCCUGACAGGACCCACAGGCAGCACUUAGACGAUGUGGGGGCUGUGCCCAUGGUGGAGCGAGUGACAGCGCCAAAAGCAGAGCGCUUGCUCAACCCACCGCCACCCGUGCAUGACCCAAACCACAGCAAAAUGAGAUUGCGAGACCAUUCAUCUGAGAGAAGUGAAGUGUUGAAGCAUCACACAGAUGUGAACAGUUCAAGCUACUUGGCUGCUGCCCACCAUCCACCACACAGUCCCUUGGUGCGACAGCUUUCCACCUCGUCAGACAGCUCCGCACCCACCAGCUCUGGCUCACAAGUUACAGCCAGUGCUUCCCAGCCAAUAAGGAGGAGAAGGGGAGAGAGCUCGUUUGACAUUAAUAACAUUGUCAUCCCAAUGUCUGUUGCUGCAACAACUCGAGUAGAGAAACUACAAUACAAGGAAAUCCUUACUCCCAGCUGGCGGGAGGUUGAUCUUCAAUCUCUGAAGGGGAGUCCUGAUGAGGAGAAUGAGGAGAUUGAGGACCUAUCUGAUGCAGCCUUCGCCGCCCUGCAUGCCAAAUGUGAGGAGAUGGAGAGGGCACGGUGGCUGUGGACCACAAGUAUGCCACCCCAGCGGCGGGGCAGCAGGUCUUACAGGUCAUCAGACGGCCGGACCACCCCACAGUUGGGCAGUGCCAACCCCUCCACUCCACAGCCCGCCUCCCCUGAUGUCAGUAGUAGCCAUUCUCUGUCAGAGUUAUCCCACAGUCAGUCUCCUAGGAGCCCCAUUAGCCCAGAACUGCACUCGGCACCUCUCACCCCUAUGGCUCGGGACACUCUGCGACACUUAGCCAGCGAAGACACCCGUUGUUCCACACCAGAGCUGGGAUUGGAUGAACAGUCUGUCCAGCCAUGGGAGCGACGAACCUUCCCCCUGCCAUACAGUCCCCAGGCAGAGUGUGAGGACCAGCUGGAUGCACAGGAACGGGCAGCCCGCUGCACUCGCCGCACCUCAGGCAGCAAGACUGGUCGGGAAUUAGAGGUGGCACCCACCUCGCCUCCCAUUGUCCCCCUCAAGAGUCGGCAUCUGGCAGCAACGGUCACAGCUCAGCGCCCAACUCACAGAUGAGCUGGAGAUGAGAAUCUAAACAGACUCACUAACUAUUGGCAUUAAAGCUUCAGAAAUCUCUGCGUUUGAUAUUCAAACAUCAUAUGCCGGAAAUUUUCACAGUUUUUAGUGAAUUUAAGGAAUUUAGAUCCUCCUUUGGUAUUUUUUUUCCCUCAUUUUGAUUUUUGUUUUGUUUCUGUUUCCAUGUUUUCUUGUCACCCACCUGAGCACUUCCUCUAGUUGGCAGACAAGUUCAGGAUAAGACCCUGCUGGCCUGGUCCUGGUACAUCCUCUGCACUGUUGAAUCACUGGACUUAGCAAUGUUAGAUGAUCACCCCUCUCCUUCAUACCUGUGGGCAGGGUAGAAAAGCCAAAGGGCAGAGGGGAUGGAAAGCUCCAGUUCAGCAUGGCCUUUUAGUUUAGGAUGGGACAGAACAAGGGCAUUCUGGGCUCUUACUCCCCUUCCCUCCCAUCUGUGGCUUGGCUAAGCUCUAGUGUUUCUGGCGGGUCCCCCUACCCCCACUUUGGUUUUCUGUGCUGGAGAACCCCAUCAGAGCCUCUUUGCCAUAAUUGCCAGCUGUUCUCACUGAGCUCUCAGCCACCAGGAUGGCUCCCCCUUGUCACCCAGGUCUUCAAGACCUGUUUUCAGUUUCACCUGCAUUUGGUCAUCUCUUUCUUGACUCCUUAACUGCAGUAACCUGGCUGCGGCUGCUCAGGUUCCCCCAUCCUGCCCCUUCCUGCCCUUCCUCGUCUGCUCCCCAUGCCAUGCACACACCCACACACAUCAGUCCUUCCAUGUUGGCCUGGUCUGUGAAGGUAGGGUCUCCUUAACCUCAUCCCCACUCCCCUACAAACUAGGAGAUUGGGGAUGGGAGCAGCCAUCUCCCCUGUAUAAUUUUGCUUUCACUGACUGGUUCACUUUGUCAUGUUUCCUUCACCUCUAUUUCCCUGUCAGUGUCAAUUAGACUCUUCCUCUUUCACGCUCCCCUUGCCUGUGGAACAUUGUCUGGACCUAGCUGUGGUUUUCAUCACUCCCCAUCACCCUCCUUUGUUAACCUUGUGCCUGUCUCAUGUGUAAUCACAUCACCAAAAAGGGGGCGGGGGGGAAGGACUUUUUUUUUCUGCCAUUUUGUAAUCGUAUAAAAAUUAUAGGCAAAACUGCUUAAUGGUUGGGGUUUUUUCACAAUUUUCAACAUUAGUGAUUUUUUUUUUCUGUUUGCAAGUUAAAGGGUUUGUCAUUGUUUCUUUAAACAACAAUAAUGCACCAUAUCCCUAUGCAUAAAGUGCUUCUUCUAUUUAUAAGGUUGAAAAUUCUGAAUAACCCUUUUAGCAUUGUAAAAAAAAAAAAAAGAAAACAAAACAAAAACAAAAAAAACCCAAAAAACAAAAAUUUAAAAAAAACUUGUAUUUUGUAAAUAUUUUCUUUUCCUGCUUUGAGCUGUGUAAUGGCAGCGAAACAUGUAGCUGUCUUUGUUCUAUAGAAAUGCUUUUCUUCAGAGAAGCUGAUCUUUGUUAAUGUCUUGAUUCUGUUCGCAAAGCACAGACUAGUGCUUAAAAAAAAGGAAGGAAAAAUGAAAAAAAUAAUAAAAAAAAAAGAGUUACAGAA